UCUACCCUCGCCUGGACGCUUUAAAGGUGUUUUCAAGCGUCUAAUCUUUUAUUUUUUUCCGACGAGAUUUUUGACAAUUUUCUUUCAUAUAAUCGUUAAGGGAAACACUAAACAUGGGGACACCACUGAAAGAUGUUACAAUAUCUGAGAAUGCUCCAAAGACAUUGUUACUUCAGAAACAUGCUGACUACAUUGCUGCCUAUAGCUCAAAAAAGGAGGAUUAUGAGUAUUGUAUGACAGAAUAUCUCCGUAUCAGUGGCAUGUACUGGGGCUUGACAGCAAUGGACUUAAUGGGGCAGCUGUCACGUAUGAGCAAGGAUGAGGUGAUAGAGUUUGUGCAGCAGUGUCAACACGAGUGUGGAGGUAUCGGAGCAAGUGUGGGGCAUGACCCGCAUUUACUCUAUACCCUUAGUGCAGUUCAGAUAUUAACCCUGUAUGACUGCCAGAACUGUAUAAAUGUGGACAAGGUAGUGGAGUAUGUGAAAAACCUACAACAAGAUGAUGGAAGUUUCUACGGAGAUAAAUGGGGUGAAGUUGAUACAAGAUUUUCAUUCUGUGCUGUAGCAUGUUUGGCUCUGUUAGGGCGCCUGGAUGAGAUUAACACAGACAAGGCUGUAGAGUUUGUUUUAUCCUGUAUGAACUUUGAUGGAGGGUUUGGGUGCAGACCUGGGUCUGAAUCACAUUCUGGUCAGAUAUACUGUUGUGUUGGUAUGUUAGCAAUAUUGGGAAGACUACACAAUGUGAAUGCAGACAUGUUGGGCUGGUGGCUGUGCGAGAGACAGCUGCCCUCGGGUGGACUCAAUGGCAGGCCAGAGAAGUUACCUGACGUUUGCUACUCCUGGUGGGUGUUAUCGUCUUUGAAAAUCAUCGGCAAACUGCACUGGAUAAAUAAAGAGAAAAUGGUAAAGUUUAUGUUAGCAUGCCAGGAUGAGGAGACGGGAGGGUUUGCAGACAGACCUGGAGAUAUGGUUGAUCCAUUCCAUACAUUAUUUGGUAUUGCUGGACUUUCAUUAAUGGGAGAGGAAUCUAUCAAACCCGUCAAUCCAGUGUUCUGUAUGCCAGAGGAGGUAAUCAGAAGAGCUGGGAUAAAAAUGGAACUUUUGUGAUAGGGAGGUGAUCAGAAGAGCCAGGAAAUUAUAAUGCUGUGUGGUAGAUAGACUAUUCAAUGAAAACCAAACUGUGAUAUUACAGAGAUUUCUGCAAGAAAGUCAGUUUCCAUGGGUGCUUUGUAUUAAAUUUAUUAGUGGUUUCAAAACAGGUUGAUAUCUGCAAUUGCACUAGUGACUUCAGAUAUUUGUGUAUUGUUUUGAAGACAAGUUUUUUACCUACUCGGCUUUUCUUUCAGAAUCUUAAAGGGAUUUCUGUUUCUGUGAAGAUGCUGCCCAAACUACUUUUUCUUGGAUCAGGAUAAACAUGUAGAACAUGGACUAAAUUAUUUCUCAUGCAGAAUGAUAUGAAAUUUCUUACACUUGCAGUUUCAAGUUAUAUAGCCUGAAAACGGCUUAUAUGGUGUUUAUGCUGCAGACUUCUUUAAAAUCUGCUGUCUUGUUGCUGCCACUAACUUCGGCUUCAACCAGCAUUUUACUAGAGGAAGAUCAACCCACAAUACUUACAUUCUCUCUAUUCAUUCCAGUUGAAGUUAUGUUGUUCAUUUUGCUUGAACCAAAAGAACCAUCCAGCUGGCUUACGGAAGGUCGGUGGUUCUACCCAGGUGCCAGCUUGUAAUGAAAUAAUGCACGGAGGGGCACCUAGGGUCUUCCUUCACCAUCAAAGCUUGAAAGUCGCCAUCUGACCUAUAGUGUCGGUGCGACGUUAAACCCAACAAAUGAAAUAAUGAACCAAAAAGGAAAGUUGCCAAAAUUAAGAAUUUGCCAUUUAGAGAUAAUAUACUACACCAGCAUAUAUUUUAGGAGAAUUGAGAAAUAAUGCAUAGAAAAAUUGUGUUUUAACGUCAUUAAUACACGAAAAAGAGGUUAUACAUCCACAGAAUAAUUUCACGGUGGCAUAGUCCAAGCGAAUUAUUCUGGCGAGGUGUAAUUGAUUUUGAGUGUAGUAGUUUUAGUAAAACAUGAUUUGCUAUACAUUAUUAUGAUUCUGAUAUGCCCUUUGUCUAAAACAGAAGAUUAGAUAUAGUAGUGCUCUUUCUUGGUCGCAGAAAAAACAUUGACAUCAUCACUUGAUACAAUGGUGUCAUUUUAGCGCAAGAAUGUUCUUUAGAUGAUGUGGCAGUUGUUCUGUCUGAUGAAUUGUGUGCCUGGGUGUCUAAUUCUAAUGAUGAAUACAACAAAGU